UUAAUAAUUAUAUUUUUAAUACAUUAUUUUAAUUAUUUUUUUCGAGAUAUCAGUGAGAUAAUUAUCGAUACGACAUAUGCGAGAGGAAGGCUUUAGAUUGACAGGUGGUUCAUAAUUAUUAUUUUUUGAUAUAUAUUAUUUUAAUAAUAAUUUUUUUAAAUACAUUAUUUGAAUUCUUUUUUUCGAGAUAUCGGUGAGAUAAUUAUAUCGAUACGACAUAUGCGAGAGGGAAGCUUUAGAUUGACAGGUGGCUACCCCGGGCGACGUAACUUGUGCUCGUGGGAGACAAGGACGGUACACGUCACGAGCGUGAAGAGGGAGAGACCGUACGUGCGAUAUAUACACACGCGCGACAGCAGUGCGCAAUAGUGAAGGACGGAGUCGCAGUCGUGGGGCGUAAAUACCGGGGAAGAGGAACUCGGUUAGUACUUUGGUAGUACUCGCUCGUCGACGACGACGUCGGGAGCGGUGGCGGGUAGGUUUUCGAAUCGAUAAUUCGAGCGCGAUCGUGACAGAUGAAAGACACUUCCGGUAGGAAGGACUCGCUCGGAACGUCGAUUCAAGCACCCGCGAAAUCGCUCUCUCUCUCCUUCUCUUUCUCUUCCUAUCCUUCUAUAUCUAUAUAUAUACGCAUAGAGAAGUGAUAAGGGUGCAUCUACCAUCGGCACCCUAGGGUAGUUAUUAUCAACGUACCGCUACCUAUAUCCGGCGCGACUGACGUACGUCUCCCUCGUACGUCUUCCGGUUGGAACGGGACGCGGACGACGACGAUGUACAGCGACAAAGGGUUACAGACAAUGAGAAACAGACCGCGAAAUCUGCAAGCUCGUCGCAGGAGAUGGCCCCUGCGACUGGGUCUGUUCCUGAUCUACGUCCUGGUGCAGUACGUCGCCUCCGCGAGGAUCGCAUCGUCUGAGACGACGACGACGAUGACGCUCACCUCGAGUUCCGUGCAGUACGAGGGCAGCUCGAUGUCGGAGUCGACGGAGUCUUCGAUCGUCUCCACCGACGAGACGAUAGAGGAAUCGUCGACAAUCAUCGAGGAGCCGAGAAGAAAAAUUCAUACUGAGGGAUCUAAGAAUGAAAAGGCGAGAGGACACGGAGAUGCGAAAGCGUCCGAGAAGGCAAGUAUACGAGACCUGGCGAAGGAAGGAAAGGAGCCACCGAAGAAGGAGACCGAGCCGCCUUUGCUGAAACAUGUCCGAAGCACUACGGUCACUCCGACUAUCCAGACGACUCCUGUAACGAAGCCUUAUCCGUAUCCCACCGUGAGACCUCGAAGAACCAAUUGUUCGGCGCCUGCCAUAGAACAGUUUCCACGACCGUUGAUGGGUCCAGAGGCUAGAAAGCACGGUGGACUCAUAAUACACAUUCUGGUCGCUAUCUAUACGUUCCUGGGCCUCGCCAUAGUGUGCGACGAUUACUUCGUCUCGAGUCUGGAUAGAAUCUGCGAAGAAUUAAGACUGUCUCCCGAUGUCGCCGGAGCGACCUUCAUGGCAGCCGGUUCUUCCGCGCCUGAAUUAGCGACGGUGAUCAUUGGUGUGUUCUUCGCCAAGGAUGACAUUGGAGUGAGCGGCGUUAUCGGUAGCGCCGUUUUCAAUAUAAUGUUUGUUAUAUCGAUCUGCGGCCUAUGCUCCGCUACGGCCUCCAAAUUGAAUUGGUGGCCUCUCUGUCGAGACUGCUUUUUCUACGCCAUCUCGAUUCUCGUGAUGCUGGGCACCAUUUACAACGAGACCAUAUCUUGGCUAGAGUCUCUGUUCAUGUUGGUCAUGUACGCAGUCUAUUGCGUGGCACUUUCGUUCAACGUUAAAUUGGAACGUUGGGCGAAGUCGUACAACAUUCCGUUCCUGCCGAAAGACGAUGAACCCGCCGAGGAGAGCGCCCUAGUGAGUUACAGAUCCUUACAAGAAGAGCGGUUAUCCUACACCGGCCCCAACUCACCGAUCACCGAGCAAAUCAAGAAUCAGGAAGGAAAUGGCAUUCAAGAAACAAUCGAGCAACAGCAGCAGCAACAACAACAACCACCACCGGUACCGAAGCAACCCGAAUAUUAUAAAGCGAAAGAACCGGAUCCCAAUGAAGUCUCGCCUCUCGUGAUGCCCACGGAUGGCAAUAAAUGGACCUUAUUCACCUGGGGUCUGGUGUACCCCAUUCAUUUUAUGUGUCGAGCAACAAUGCCUGAUUGUCGGCAAGAGAAGUGGCGAAGCUGGUAUCCCUUUACUUUCUGUAUAUCGAUGAUCUGGAUCAGUUUCUACAGCUACAUAAUGGUGUGGAUGAUCACAAUCAUAGGAAGCACUCUCGGCAUUCCCGACACCGUCAUGGGCUUGACUUUCGUUGCCGCUGGUGUAAGCGUACCGGAUGCCCUUUCCUCGCUGGCGGUUAUAAAGGAGGGCCUCGGCGACAUGGCGGUCAGUAACGCCGUAGGUAGCAAUGUUUUCGACAUUUUGGUAUGCCUCGGUCUUCCGUGGUUUAUACAGACCGCCAUGAUACAGCCUGGUUCGCACGUAAACGUCACCAGCAGAGGUUUGACGUAUUCCACUGUUUCUUUGCUAUCGACGGUGGUAUUUCUAGUGCUGGCGACACACUUGAACGGCUGGAAGCUGGACCGACGAUACGGUGUGGUCUUGAUGAUCUGGUACUUAAUAUUCAUCGUGUUCGCGGCACUAUACGAGCUCAACGUCUUCGGCCAGAUGAAUCCUCCAGUAUGUCCCAGCACGUUCUAAUGCAAAAUACGCCUCGUUCGUUUCCCAUCUUUGCUUUGCUCAAACGCGGAACGAUCGUCCGGAACUAGGAGUCGUCGUCUCGGCCGAUCGGAUCGCGAACGAUGACGCGCGCACGGUAUCGCGAAAUAACGCUCAGCGACUUUGUUCCCUUCACCCUUCCCCUUUCUACUCGAUGAGCGAAGGCUGAACGAGAGAAGACGGAAGAGAGUUUUAGAAGCUAGUUGCAUGUCCGAAGAAGAAGUAUAGUCUUUAGCUUGUUGCGGAAUUGGAGUGACCGUUCCAGGUUUUUUAGGUAGGAAAAAAACAGGGCUUGAGCUUUCUUUCUUUCUAGAGUUGUUGUAGAGAAUGCAGACAAUACGUGCUCGCGCGUGAGUACACAGGCAUUGUAUCCUAUUAGUGCUAUCGAAAAGUGACGAACGAGUAUUUUGCUUGCUUCCGUUCGCGAUUACGAGUUUGAUGGAAUACGGAUUCCUCACGGUCGAAUGUGUAUGUAUAAUUGAAUCUCACAUGAAAGUACAGACGAGUUACGAAUUUUUUAAAGUAACGAAUUAUUAAAAUUCUCGGGAUACGAGAGCUCUCGAACAGACAAUACAACUGUACCAACAUAUUGACAGUAUCGCGGACAGUUGUUUGCUAUAAUCAAAAAUCGGCGUGUUUCAAAAAAUGUAAUUGUUUAUAAAGUUUUAACUCUCUCUCAAAUCUUAACUCUUAGCCACAGACCUUAUUGUGUCGCGCGCGCGAAACUUGUUCGAAUCGAGAUAUAAGAUGUGAUACGUUUUAUACAGCCAUAAUCGCGCAAAUGCCUGAGUACCAUGAAAGGAAUGCGUUUUGACAAUUAAUCGUUUUAUAUCCUAACAUUAUAUAGAUUAUAAAAAAGAUACAGUAGAUAUACGGCUUGUUAGAAUAUAUAGAUCUUAGGAGCGUCAUGUCUGCGGCUAAAUGUUAAGACUGUUAACGGUGCUAUGCGAAUAUAUCGAUGGAAAUUAUGGAGACUAUUAUGUCUCUACGGAACGUAUAUGCAAGAUUUUUUCUUAUUGUUAUCGCAAUGCAAAUAAGCGUGAUCCUUACAUCUUUUAUUCGACAUUUACUUGACUUUUUUUCAAAUACGUCUUUUUUAUAUCACAAACUCUCUAUAUUUUAUAUAUAGAGUGCAUUGCGUGAAAUGUAUGCGAUAUCAAAAUAAGAAAUAUUUUCGUGCGCCUCGAAAUUAAUUAAUUAAUUAUUUAUUUAUUAAAAUAAUUAGGAUUUACUAAUUUUUUUCCGAUAAAAUGCUGCCGGCAUUCAAGUAGACCGAAAGAGACGAGACUUCGCGAGAUCAAAGGAGAUCCCUUGUUAGCGUGAGUGUGAGCGUACGUAAGAUCACAUCUUUUUCAAGCAUAAAAAUGGAUAUCUUAAAAAAAAUUCGCGCGAAGAAUAAGCCAAAAAUGAAAACUACUCUCAAAAACUAUUCUCAUGAAAUUAUUUUAAAAAAUGACCGAAAUUUUCGAGAACGGAGGAGCAAGCGAAAUUUCAUUCGUGACCAAAAAAAGAAAAAAAUAGAUGAGGAGGGAGGGGCAAAGGGAGAGUUGGUUUUUUCCACGAGGGUGAACGAGCGCUGAAAAAGACAAUAAUUAACGCAGCCUUAUCCGAUGAAAGUAUCUACAACCAGCACUAUAUAUAUAACUGCGCGUUCCUUGAGAGGAACCUCUCGCACGGUAUAAAAUCGGCGUAUCUCUCCGCUUCCGGGAUCCUUUGAUCUUUCGAGCGCGCCGGGAUCGGUAUCUUGUUAUAUGGGCAAGUUUAUUAAUUAAUUCCGCGAUGGAGUUCUCGCAGAAAAAGAAAUUAAGAAGAAGAGGAGUUAAAUAUAUUAAAGCUGAAAAGAUAUUAAAAUAAAAAGAAAACAUCGAUUUGAUGAGAUACAGGGUGUUGAAAAAAGGUAAAAUAUUUUAAGAGGAUUUAGUAUGUCUCAAAAUAAGUUAAAAAGUCUUGAUAAACAUGGAUUCGCAAAUAUGAGCCAUAUUUUUUAGAUAUUUUUUAGAUAUUUGCAAUAUCUCGUAUAACUUAACUUACCUAUAAUUUGAUUUAAUUUACUUUCGCAUGAAUAAAAUAAUAAAUAAAAAAUA